AUGGAUAAUAACAUGUUAACCGGACCUAACCUUAAGCAUUGGCUAAGAAAUCUUAGAAUUGUUCUAGAUUUUGAAAGGAUUGCUUAUGUCCUGGAAGCACCUCUUCCACUUGAUAUUGAAUCAGAUGCUCCACAAGCUGAGCUUGAUGCUUUUGAAAAGUGGAGAGAGGAUAGUAGGAGGGCUAGAAGUUACAUGCUAGCCUCAAUGAAUAAAGAACUUCAAGCUAAGCAUGAAAAGGUUUCAAAUGCUUAUGAUAUCCUCACAGCUCUACAAGAGUUGUAUAGUGAAAAUCCAAAAGUGGUUGAGUAUGAGUUAUGUGCAUCCGUCUUUAGCAUGAAGUUGAGGGAAGGGGUACCUCCAGAUGAUCAUACUCUUAAGAUGAUCACUGGAUUAGGUCGACUGGAUGGAUAUGGGGGAAAGGACAAGAGGAUGUCUUUGCCGCCUCCACCAGCAGGGCUACUAAAAGGACCCAAAAAGCAACCAAAGAAAGGUCCAAAAGUUGGACCCAAGAAUAAGAGCUUCAAGAAGCCAGUGGCAAAGGCAAGGAAGGCCAAUGUAAAGGGAAAAUGUUUCCACCAUAGAGAAGAUGGACACUAG